GAAUUCUUCUGGGCACUGCCAUCCUCUCGGUGAGUGCCCGUCUUCUUCCUGAAACGGACCCCAGUGGCUCCCGGCCCGCCCGGGCGCUCUUCCUUAGCCCCGCCAGCUUGAGGGCGGCGUCGGGGAGCGGGGGGCUCCUCUCGGGGCGCCGAUCAGGUCCCCGCGCCGCCGCCGCCGCCUCCGGCGUCUCCCAGGCUCGGCCUCUGCCGAGCCCGCUGCGGUCCACGUGGCUUGGCAGAGCUAAAUUCGGCUUGCAGGAAGCCCGGAGCUAGGGGAAAGCCGAGCCGGGGAAGGGGGGGUGGGCGGGACCGAACGGAGGCGCCGGGUCGGGAGGGGCGGGCACUGGGCGGAGGAAGGGGAGGGCCGCGCGCAGGGGAGGCGCUGACUGGGCUCUGGAGCGCCCUGGCUCCCGGCCCCGGCCGGCCUGGAAAGGCGGCCCCUCCUUGGUCGCCCCGCCUUUCACUCCCGUUACACCCGGGGGAAGGUGUUCCCGAGCCCUCUCCCACCCUCACCCCGCCUCCUCGCUUCCCCGGCUCCAGCCUCCGCCGGCGGAACCCACUAUGCCAGACAGUUUCGACACUUUGCAAAGACAAAGAGCCCUAGACCGGAGGGAGGAGGAGGAGGAGGAAGAAGAGGAGCGGAGAAAGAAGGAAGAGACGAUGUGAGCUGGGAAGGGGGCGAGUGUCUGGGACACCCACACCCCUUUAUUCUCCUCCGAACCCCCUCAUGCCCAAAUCCCGGAAACUCCAGCGUGUCUCCAGCCGUGCCGGUACCAUUUUCAGAUUUCAUCUUCCUGAACUGGAAAUGCGAAUGAGAGGAAAUUAACAUCCCCAAGAGCUGCAGUGAGCAAACGCAUUGAGCUUGGGUCAGGACAGUUCCAUUUGGGGACCAGAGAUGGACGGUCACUCAGCCUGUGGAGAGGAGAAGUCUGAGGGUCCAAAUGCUUCAGCACUGGUUUAGAAUUGCCCGGCGUGUACGUAGUGGACCUGCUCUCUUCAGAUACGUGCAGACGAUCUCUGAAAGCUCUCUCUGCCGCAGUUCCUCUCUAAUGAUGUUCAGCAGGUGAAGAAACUGAGGCUCAGAGAAGUUAAGAGACUCCAUUGAGGUCACACAGCCGAUCUCCCUCUGGACUGUUGGCUGUUUUGUUUCCCUCCAUUCAUUUCUGGGUUCCUUCAUGACCCAAGCCUCCACUGAGCAUUGAGUGUGUGCCCGGGUGACACGGUCACUGCCAUAGUGAGGCUGAGUUUCCAUCCUCACGUUGCUCCUCGUCCAGGGAGGAGACAUAUGUGUGAAGAGUGCAGACAGAGUGCAGCCAGGACCUUGGGGAGCCAGGAGAGGCCCCUAACUCACUCCAGGAGUGGACAGGGCUUCCUCCAGGAGUCGGCACCAGCUGAGCCCUAGAGAAUAACUAGCAAAAUAGCCAGCAGGAUGUUCCACAUGUCAACAACAAGCCAACCAGAGCAAAAGAGUUUCUUCCCUCGCUACAGAAGCUGGACUGGAUGAAUUAAGGCACAUGCCCAUCCCUGGAUCAAUUACUGGGAUGACAGACAACCUUCUGUGCCUUCAUCAAGCUGGUUGCGUACCCACCGUGUCUCCGGCGACAGCAUGAGAAAGAAAAAGCCCUAAUUAAGGAUCAUCAGAAACCACAGUUGGAGGAGGACGGCAGACACAGCUUUCCUCCCCGCUAUACCAAGACCCUUCCUUCGAGGUCCUUGCUCCUGAGGGACCCUGGACUGUCACAGCGAUUAAUGACCCCUUAUCUUGUUUGGAUGGGAAAGGAAAUCACUGGUUAAAGCUUGAUCAGGAGACAUUAUCAGCUCUUUAAGGAUCGCAGAAGAAUAGGCUACUUUAUUUUCUGAAAAGGAGGGAGUUCUGCUACCCAUCGUGGGAGGCCGCCAUCAGGGCUGCGAAGAUGGUGACCCUGCGGAAGAGGACCCUGAAGGUGCUCACCUUCCUCGUGCUCUUCAUCUUCCUCACCUCCUUCUUCCUGAACUACUCCCACACCAUGGUGACCACCACCUGGUUCCCCAAGCAGAUGGUCUUGGAGCUCUCCGAGAACCUGAAGAGGCUGAUCAAGCACAGGCCCUGCACCUGCACCCACUGCAUCGGGCAGCGCAAGCUCUCGGUCUGGUUCGACGAGAGGUUCAACCAGACUGUGCAGCCGCUGCUGACUGCCCAAAAUGCACUCUUGGAGGACGACACCUACCGAUGGUGGCUGAGGCUCCAGCGGGAGAAGAAGCCCAAUAACUUGAACGACACCAUCAAGGAGCUGUUCAGAGUGGUGCCUGGGAAUGUGGACCCCAUGCUGGAGAAGAGGUCGGUGGGCUGCCGGCGCUGUGCCGUUGUGGGCAACUCAGGCAACCUGAGGGAGUCUUCUUAUGGGCCUGAGAUAGACAGGCACGACUUUGUGCUCCGGAUGAACAAGGCGCCCACGGCAGGGUUUGAGGCUGAUGUUGGGACGAAGACCACCCACCAUCUGGUGUACCCUGAGAGCUUCCGGGAGCUGGGAGAUAAUGUCAGCAUGAUCCUGGUGCCCUUCAAGACCAUCGACUUGGAGUGGGUGGUGAGCGCCACCACCACGGGCACCAUUUCCCACACUUAUGUCCCGGUUCCUGCAAAGAUCAGAGUGAAACAGGAUAAGAUCCUGAUCUACCACCCAGCCUUCAUCAAGUAUGUGUUUGACAACUGGCUGCAAGGGCACGGGCGGUACCCAUCUACCGGCAUCCUCUCGGUCAUCUUCUCAAUGCAUGUCUGCGAUGAGGUGGACCUGUACGGCUUCGGGGCAGACAGCAAAGGGAACUGGCACCACUACUGGGAAAACAACCCAUCCGCGGGGGCUUUUCGCAAGACAGGGGUGCACGAUGCAGACUUCGAGUCUAACGUGACGGCCACCUUGGCCUCCAUCAAUAAAAUCCGGAUCUUCAAGGGGAGAUGACGCAGUGAAGGGUGGAGGAUGGACGCACUGUCACACCUCUGUGUUUCCAGCCCCAGCAUCUUGCCGGAGCCGUUCCAUCCCGGAGCUUGGAGGGGCAGCCUCAGGUGUGUGCCCAGGCACCGCCCACAGCCUCUUGCACCCAGCCAUUGGCAGCAUCUAUUCAGCAAGGUCACUAAGCUCUGCCAGAGUGGCAGAGCAUGUCUCGGAACCUGUCUUGAGUGGGGACAGCGUCCCCCCACCGCUGCCCCAGAGCUGGGGAGGCGCUGGGAAAGGUUCAACCUCCACACACUACAAUCAUUGUAGCUCCCGGAGCGAGCUUGGGGAACGAAUGUGGAAGACGCCUAUAUUCUGAGGGACAGGACAGUUUCCCAGGAAGAUGGGCAGAGACUUGAGUGGCGAUUCUGUCUAGCACAGAGACAUGCCAGGCGCUGUUGGCACCCGGGGCAAGAUGCUGCCCUUCUUUGCACGAAGCCCGGCCUCUCGCUUGGCGUGACAACCCUGUCAUCUUCUUCCCAAAACUCAUUUAUGAGCCACCAGAGGCUCCUACCCCAAAGAUUUUCACAGAAACUGGAGGCCAGGUGCCGUGGCUCACACCUAUAAUCCCAACACUUUGGGAGGCCGAGGCGGGAGGAUCAGUUGAGCCCAGGAGUUCAAGACCAGUCUGAGCAACAUAGUGAGACUCCUGUCUCUACAAAAAUUAAAGAUUUAAAAAAAUUAGCCAGGCAUGGUGGCACACACUUGUAGCCCCAGCUACUAGGGAGGCUGAGGAGGGAAGAUCUCUUGUGCCCAGAAGUUUGAGGCUGCAGUGAACUGUGAUUACACCACUGCACUCCAGCCUGGGCAACAGAGUGAGACCCUGUCUCUGAAAAAAAAAAAAAAAGGAAAAGAAAAAAUCCCCAAACUUGGCGCCGUGUUUCUGACUCCUGCAGAUACCUCUUCCCAAGCAGAUGUUCCUUUGAGUGGUCCACCUCGUGGUUCUAAUCGUGGCGAGAGCGGAUCUGACCACUUCCAUGUGCCUUUGUAUUUGGGAAAGAAAAGCAUGCAUGGGCUGAAAUGAAACAAAAGCCCUUACUUGGGAAAAGGGACCCCCACCAGCGGCCCUGCUUGCUCUCUGGCUGGGAACAUCUUUUCUGGUUUCCUGAGCCAGCACCUGAAUUGGAACAAAGCUCUGAGGAUAUUCAACAGCACCCAGCAGCACGUCAGAAUGGAACGUACAUUCUCAUUCUCAGACUCUUCAAUAGGGUGCCCGCAACCUCCAAAGCCACACAGGAGGCUGCCAGCAGCAUUUUCCCCGAGGGCCUGAGCUCAGGGUCAAGUCCCUGCUGGCCAUCUUGGGGCUGUCACUGGGGGUCUGGGCCAAGGAUAUCCCAAGAAUGGUGACUGCCACAUACCUCAUCUUCUUACUCCCCAGCUGUUCUCCUUUCCUUGUUAGCCUUCGUGAUUAUUUAUUGAUUCUUUUUUUUUAUUCAACUGACAUUGUUGCACCCUGGCUCUGUUGGUGGUCCUGGUGUUUUAAUGAAGUUUGCCUCACCCAGUAGCUGGGAAACGGGGGUGUGUUUAAGGGGGGUGUGUAGGAGUCCUCAGACGUGGGAUAUUGGGGGUAUCUAGGGCUUGGAUGGUUUGUGGAAUGUCCUCAGCAUCCUCCCGUUCCAACCCAACCUUCCUUCUUCCUCUUUGUGGACUUGGACUUAUUCUCAGGCUAGGAGUCUCCAAAACUCUGUGAAACCUUACUGCUGCUGGGUGGGGAGUGGAGAGUAACAGAAAUGUGGGAACCAGUGAUUGUUGGCUCCAGUUACUAAUGUUUAAGCAGGAAAACCACUUUUCUUGUUGAAAAUAUCCCUGAAAAGGCCGCUGCUGCUUUGAGGAGGCGUGACGUUUUCCUGGUGGAGCGUGACGGAGGCGUGGGGCCUGUGCUCCCAGGCACGGGGGAGCCCCCUCUGCACACGGGGAGGGAGGAGCUUGGGGACACCAGUCAUGGGUCACAGGUGGCUUCAGGCCAUUCACAAGAGUCCCCGGAAGUUGCAUGCCAAGUUUGGUUUUUUCCCUGAAUCUCUACUUAUGAGCAUUUUUCUGGAGAGAGGGUCUAUAGCUUUUAUCAGAUUCUCAAAGGUUCAGAAUGGGGAAUGUGUUAAACAGAAAACCUGUUUCAGCUUUAAAAUCCUCCACAACUUUAAGAUUUUUUUUUUUUUUUUCUGAGAAAGGCUGGUAAAUCGCUGAGUCGUCAUUCAGAACAUACAGCCCCGAAGGGCAGAUAUGAGGUGACAUAUAGCCAUAUAUGAGGUGAAGAACUCAGCAAACGUUUGUUGAGUGGCUGAGUGACUCCAGGGGCAGACUCCAGAUCAUCAGACACUGAAACAGAGAGUGUUGCUAUCUCCUGAACUCUUCCCUUUCUCCUGAAAGCUGAGUCUAUACAGGGAUGGCAGGCUCGGGCUGAGCAAUCGACUUCUCUGGGUUUUGCUGUGUAAGAAUAGGUCCCUCGACAUGAAGAGGCGUCUGUGUCUGAGCCACAUGCUGCCUGGGUCGAUGACCUGGUCUCCGUCUGGUCUCCCCAUCUCCCACUAGGAUGGUCAAGCUGUGAGAUCUCUUCCAGCUUCCAAAUCCAGCUCUGCCGUUAUACUGAUGAGAAAAUCAAGGCCACAUUGCAGCUGGGUGGGGAGUGGAGCGUGACAGGCAUGGGAGAGGACAGUGAUUGUUGACUCUAGUUACUGAUGUUUAAUCAGAAAAACCACUUUUCCUGUUGAGCACAUUUCCUAAAAGGCUGCUGCUGUGUAGGGAGGUGUGGCCUUUUCCUGGUGGAGUGUGAAGGAGGGAAGUGACGGGCAGUCGUGAACUGUCUGGGACAGAUAGCACAAGUCAGAGUAUGAGCAGAAAAAGGGUGUUACCGGCGCUAUGUUGAAAUUGUCUGGAGGCGGGCUUUCCCAGCAAGUCUCCACUCAGCGUCUGGAAAAAGUGUAACCAGAAUGGAGGCGUCUGACUCUCGUGGGCUCUCUCAGCACCGAGCUCUGUCCGCAGGCUGCCUGGGUGGCCUCUCAUGCCCUCCAGUGCAGGAGACCACAUUUCUCUUUCCCAUAGCAGAUAGCUCUUAUGUUUCAUUGGCUUAGCAAUGGGCACUUAAUGGAAUAAAAGCCAGUUGUUGCAGCCAGAAUUAAAUGCACCAGUUUGGCUUAAACCAACUGGAACUCAUCCCUGGGGUGAAGGUGGCUGGGAAUUAGACAGAGUGUGUGUUAGCCAAAGGGCAGUAUGCAUGCUGUCAGCAGGAGUACGACGAGCACUCGUGCCAGGCACGUAGUGGCGGGGGCUCCCGCAGGCCCCUGAAUCCCAGCCCACAACUCUUUCUACUCUGCGGACAGAGAGUUCCUUGGAGACUGGCCCUGCGUUCAAGCAGAGAACAGAGGGGUCCCUGCCUGCAGCACCCAGCACUGAACCUGAAGCUGCAAAGAUAGGCUGACGAAGUGGCCCAUGAGGUGUCAGCAACAUCCCAGCCCCCUGGGUCUCCCCAGUGAGUCAGGGCACUGAUUUGCUCUAGCUGGAGCUACAUGUACCUCCCCUGCCCUCAGCCACCUUUUAGGGGAGAAAGGAGGACAGAGUUAUAACCUCUGGUUCUCUGCAGGGAUCCUGGGCUGGAAGAAAGUUCAUAAAUGGAUGAAUGCCUUUUAAAACUCUGGCUUUUCCAAACAUCAUUCAGCAAAGCAUUUGGUUAGGCUUAGAGAGAAAAGCCAGAUAUGAGAAAAUGGAAUGUAAAAUGGGGGGGGGGAAACAGAAAGAAGGUAGAGAGGGCAGUUAAGAUCUGGGUGAUUCUUUAGGGAAAGGGCUGGUUGGGAGGCUUUGAUGGAAUCCCAUUCUCUGCCGUGGCCAGAAGGUGGUGCUAGAGGCCAGUCCCACCUGGAUGUGACUCUGGCCUCUUGGCAAAGGUGGAUUAAAACCACAAAGAACAUUUUGAACUGGUAUGUUUGCUUUGAAGUAGUCUGAAAAUAAAUAAAAAGGAAACCAAAAGAACUCUCCCUCCCCUGGCUAGGAUCAAAAAUGCUGUGUGCAGGGAAGCCCAAGCCUCAAGGGGCCACUGUCCAGCUAAAGAUGACUGCACACCAGCCAUGCGCCAUCAGGAACCAGCACCUGUCCUUGCCCCUGAGAAGAGCCCCAGGGGUAUCAUUAUAUCCAUCGUGGACAUCUGGUUUGCAGCGAAUGUGGCUACAUGCCAUCAGGAUUAUCCUGCCCUGUGAACUGGGCUAGCCAGUUUUGAGAUAAGAGUCAGCCUCCCCGUUUUUGUUUGUCAUGAAAACACCAGCUCCUGCACCUCUGGGGUGCUCCCUGACACUUGUGCAAAGAAGAAGAGGAAGACCUAGAAGAAAAGGCAGAGACAGGCAAGGCAGCAUCUCACAGCCUGUCAGGAUCAGGGCAUUACCGACUUUUUGUUUUCUUACCAAAAGAGCACUGAAUUUCCUAUGGGCGGUGAGCCGCCUUUACACCUCCUGUUCUCCCUCCCAGCCCAUCAGGCGAUCCCAUCAUCCAGCCUCAUCACUCAGCUUCUUCCUAGUACAAAACUGCCAUUGGUCGCACGUCCUGAGCUGGGGGACGUCAGCUUUAACCCUAGCCUGUGUCAGGGCCUCCCCCUUCAGCCCCCCGCCCCCUUAGGGUGAUCGCGGGUUCCUUCCCUUCCUCCUGCACAAUCGCUUCCCUUCACUGAAUUCCCUUCAAAGCCAAAGUUUCUUGAGCACUUUUUCUUGCGUGCAGUCUUGUGUGUUUGGCUGUUGGUGUUUUAAAACUUGCUUUCUAUUCCCCCUCGCCUCUCUCCAUGUCGUUGCGCAGCUGAGCACUGGUUGGGAUGCAUUCAAAUAACGUUAGCAAGGUCCUGCUUUCCUCAGCCCCCGCUCUGUUUUAUUUAUUGUUUAAUAUUUCCAAUGAUCCAAAUCAAAGUGAAUAAAUAAAGAGCUAUUUUAUCGUU